UUUUUUCUCUGAAUGUUCCAAAGCGCAGACACUGGAGACUCCUUCCAUCAUCUUAAACAAAUAUAAAAUGUCUUUUAUAAAAACAAAUAUCAAAGAAAUGUCUUUUAUAAAAUCCCAAAGAUCGCAGUGUUACAGCUAGAACAGAUUUGAUAUUCAUCAUCUGAUUUUAUUCCUUGUUUUUUAAAUCAGGUGUGUUUUCUUAUGUGUGAAAUCAUUUUCAGUCUGAAUCUGAUGAGGGCAAGCAUUCAGCAGUGACUGCAGGAAGUCAUGGUCUCCCUGUAUUUCCGUUGGUUGGUGCUUGUGAUGUUCAUCGCAUUCACCGUUGGUGGAAACGUGUUGGUGUGUUUAGCAGUUUGUACGAGUCGCCGUCUUCGCUGCAUCAGCAGCUGCUUUGUGGUGGCUCUGGCUGUGACAGAUCUGCUAGUCGGCCUGUUCGUGCUGCCUCUCAGUGCCACAUUAGAGCUGCGUGGAGGUCGCUGGCCACUAGGGGGCACCAUUUGCAACAUCUAUCUUUCUGUAGAUGUGACUUUGGGCACCGCAUCCAUCUUUACGUUGCUUGCAAUCAGCGUGGAUCGUUACUUGGCUAUCUCUGCGCCACUCAGCUACACCACGAGGCUUACACCAGCACGAGCGACGGCAGCAAUUGUGGUUAUUUGGAUCACUUCACUUACAGUGGCCUUCGCUCCCAUCCACAUGGGUUGGAACACAGCAGAUUUCAACGUACAGAACCGUGACUGGAGGAUGGGGAAUGAGGGAGAUGAGGGACGGACUUGCCGUUAUGAGUGGAACAAUAAUUACGUGCUGCUUGCCGCCUUCUGCAUGUACUUCUUCCCUCUGCUGGUCAUGUGUGGGAUGUACCAUCGCAUCUUCAGCAUGGCACGUGAACAGGUGCGUCGUAUUCGUGCUGCCACUCCGUCCAUCACUCGUUCAUCAACAUCACUGAGAGGGGCCACACUGAGAGAGCACAAAGCCACCAUGACUCUGGCUGCAGUGCUUGGAGUGUUCAUUGUCUGCUGGCUGCCAUACAUCGUCUUCUUCACCUGCAUGGGCCUGAGGCGUGAGACAGAGCCACCCCGAGUUGCACACUCUGUAGUGCUCUGGCUGGGUUACUUCAACUCUGCCCUGAACCCCAUCCUGUACCCCGCCCUAAACCGAGACUUCAGACAUGCCUAUGGACAUCUGCUGCGCUGCAGGAACCCACAUAAGAACACGUUCAUGUCUAUCAGAACUUCAGGAAAAGACAGAAGUGUCUUGUCUGAUGAGUUUCAGAGUGAAAACAAAUGUAGCAAGUCUUCCAUGGAGAUGCAUCUCCACCAGGAAGAGAUGAAUGAUGAUGCAGGUCCAGAACACACCAGUUAACCUCUAUAUUACAAUAUGCUUUAACUUUGUGCCCGAAUAAAACCAUGAACACAAGCAUGAGAAAAAUGAGAAGAUAAAAGAUAAUGGAGAGAUUUUUGGAAUAAACAUGUGGUCCGAGUUUCUCAUGUCUCAAUGAUUGGUGUGUAUGUAGAUGGAACUAUUUUUGUUAUGUUUUGUUAACUAUUUAACUAUUUUAUACUUUAUGAUACCUUGAGAACAAAACAAUUUCUACAGUGUUGCUGAGGUGACCUGGUGCUUAAUUUUUAUAAGAUUUGACUAUGAGAUAAAACAUAGGACAUAUACAUUGUACAUAUAAUCUUGAAAUGGUAUAAAGACAUACUGGAACUUGAAUACAAUAUGUCAAGUCAGAUGUUCCACAAAAUAUUAAGUCAUGUGGUUCAAAUUACACAAGAUACCAAUGAGCUCUGAAUGUUAUAUGUAGCAUUGAAAUAUUAUCUAAUGGCAUUAAUGUAUUAUUUCAUGACUUCCAUAUAUUAUCUUGUGACAAUAUAUUAUCUCGCAUUCACAGUAUAUUGUCUUGUGGCCUCAGUGUAUUAUCUUGUCGCUUCAGUUUUUUUUAUCCUAUGGACUCAUUUAUUUGUCGCUUUAUUAUUUCUUAUUCCAUGGCCUCAGUGUUUUAUCUUGUGGCCUCAAUAUACUAUCUCAUGAAAUUAAUGUAUAAUCUCAUGGCUUUCAUAUAUCAUCUAGUGCCACAAAUAUAUUAUCUCAUGGCCUCAUUGUAUUAUCUAGUAGCCUUACAAUAUUAACUCAUUCUCUCAAUUUAUUAUCUCAUGGCCUUAGUGUAUUAUCUCAUUUCCUCAGUAUAUUAUCUUCUCCCUUCAAUUUAUUAUCUCAUGGCCUCAGUGUAUUAUCCAGUAGCCUCAAAAUGUUAACUCUUCUUUAAUGUAUUAUUUCAUGGGCUCAAUGUUUUAUCUUGUGGCCCUUUACAUAUUAUCUCAUGGCAUCAAUAUAUUAUCUUGUAUCUCAACAUAUUAACUCAUAGCCUACAUAUAUUACCUAGUGGCCUCAAUAUAUUAUCUCAUGGUCACAAUAGCAUACACCUCAGAAUUUUAUCUAAUCACUUCAAUGUAUUAUCUCGUGACCUCAGUGUAUUAUCUCAUAGCCUCAGUGUAUUAUCUCAUGGCCUCUAUAUAAUAAAUAUGGCUACACCUUAUUAAAAAUAAGCACCUUGUCUCCUCAGCAGCCCUGAAGGUUUAGUGUUUGUCCUAAAUUUAGUUUCCUCUGACCCAAAAUGUCAUCCAUUAUACAGGAGAUCACUGGGGCUCCAAUGCUACAACAAUUAAAAGAAGUGUGCAGCUACAUGUUAUGCGUAAUGCUAGCUACACUAUUUUAAUAUUCUUUUAUAGACUGAAUUAAACAUUUAAUUUGUAAAUAGAAACACAGUGAAUGCAAACAGCUUUUUAUUUCCAUGUCAUUUAAGAAGAAAUGGUUAUUAAUUCAUUAUUUCAAAUGAAACAGAUUUGUGAUGACUUAAAAUGUGUAUCAGCGUAAAUGAUGUACAAAGAAAAGAUAUAAAUACAUGUGUAUUCUUUGUUAUGUCUUCUUUUGUGUGACGUUCACACCAUCUGUUUGGCACCUUUAAAACAUCCUACAGCGAGACAGGAAAAUGAGACGGCUGG